GGGCCUUCCAUACCUCCGAACAUGGAGCGCUCCAGAAACGAAACUUAAAGCGGCUGAGGACGUCAUAACCAGGAAACGAAAAUUAAACACACCGAAGUUUAGACGGUCAACGGAGACUGCAGACAGAUAAACACUUGCUGUCAGAGAGGACGCACGGACUGCAGAGACAAGAUGAAGAUGACAUGGGGAAUGAAGCUGUUCUCAGUUGCCAUGGUGAUGGCGCUGAUGUUUGCGGCGCUGCACUUGAACAACCCUGGAUUUAAACUAACGGCUGAGACAAAAACUCCUGCAAGACGUUCCUUUGCUGAAAGUAGCUUUAUAGGACCCUACUGGACGACGACAACAAGAGGUACACACACACGCGCACACUUGAGCGCGCACACUAGGUUGUUUAGCUACGUGAAAACGAGUGUGUUUGUGAAGACACUAGCCUGCUCUGCCAAUCUUCCUGAUAUGUGAGCGGUUUAGUCAUCUGGAGAAAGACUUGAAAAUAUCUAAAACGCUUUUUACCCCGUGAAACUUUGAUUUGCACUUCUAGACUACAUGAGACCGGGUCCUGAACAAAAACCACAACUCUCUGUCUGGUAAUGAGUCUGCAGCAGUUAAGGAUUACUGUCCAAAUCUGGAAAAGGUUUGGGUUUAUUUGCUGAUUUUUCACCCUGGACCAUGUGAGACCAGAUCAUGAUCCAAAACCAGAACACUUGGACUUGUCAAAUUUGGACAAUAGCCUCAGCCUAUUAUCUUAGACAUAUUGCAGACUCCUUUAAAGACUGUAUAUAAUCUCUGAAACCUUUAAUCUGUUUGUGAGAAUGCAGAGAAGUCAUUUUUACUGUUUAUUUUACCUCUAAACAACAUGAGACCAGGUCCUGACCGUAACAUACAAUACUUGGACGUGUCUCAUCUGUACAAGAUUAUCCUAAUAUUCAAGACAAUUCAUAAAGCCAGGUUUUAGAUUCAUGACACCUUAACCUUUCUGUGAACAUGCAGAAAAAGGCCAUUUUACUGUUUAUUUCUCCUCCACGUUAGGCCAGGUCCAGAUUGAAAACCAUACAGUUUGGAAUUAUCAAAUUUCAACUAGAUUAUUCAGGUAUGAUUAUCUUAAAUUAUUGAACAUAGUUACCCAUAUUUAGGAUCAGGGUCUGGUUCAAUGUGAUCCUGAGGUUAAAAACACAGUGAAAUGGCCCUCUUCUGUAUUUCCAUAAGUUGAGCAAUGGUUUUACAGAUCCAAAACUGUCUUUAAAGAAGUCCACAGUCUUUCUGUGAUGUGAUCUGUUUCAGACAUUGUCACUUCUCUCUUGAAGGACUUACAGGCUCUCUGAUCAGGACAGCGUGCAGAAAGAGGGAUUAAAAAAUCUGAUAAUAUGCUGACAACUUGUUUCUGUGGUUUCUCUUCCUUUUCCUGCAGAACCGUCUGGAUCAAAUUUAAACAGGAAGAUGUUCACUCUCUCUGAGAAUGGAGGAAUACUUUUCCGUCCUCCAUAUAAUUCUAUUACCACCCCAAACCCCUGGUCUUCACCCACCCCCUACAAAGCCAGUACAGACACCUCCAGACCUUACAGGACUUCCAGACCCUACAGCACCUCCACUCCCUACAGCACCUCCAGUCCCUACACCACCACCUCCAGACCCUACAGCACCUCCACUCCCUACAGCACCACCUCCAGUCCCUACAGCACCACCAAACGUAUGACUACCCGUGCCCCCACCACCACACCCUACCACACCACCAGACCCUACCGCACCACCAGACCCACUCAUGCCUGGACCACAGCGUCCCCUUUCAGAGGUGAGUAAACAACACAACCUGAUGUAAACUCUGUGUCCAUACAUGAAAUGAAGAAGACUUUCAUCCAUAUUUAUUAAUUAAAAUCUGAUUUAUUUUAUUUGCUGCUGCUUUUAAAAGUUGAUAUUUGUGUGAGAAAACAGGAACUAAAUCAAGAACUUUUUUGCCACAUCUUAAAAGUGAGUCUUUACUUCUUUUUUAAAGUUUUAGCUCUGAAAAAAAGAAAAAAAAUUAAAUCAUUCCCCCUCAGUUUUCUCUUAAUCUUUGACCAAGACAGUCUUCUGCAUUUUUCCAAGAGCUAUGAACAUUAAUGAGGUACUAAUAAUUAUGACAGUGUAAGAACUGCAGUUCCUCGAGCGGCCACUUGGGGCUGGCUGCACAAGUGGGUCAUUCCCCUCAAGGCCCCAUUUGAAACAGGCCGAUUGUACAGCAUAGUUACAGAUGUUUACAGACGGGUUUAAAAUCAUCUUACAGUAUUUAUCGUAUAGUGAUAUGAAUAAACAGAUUUCUCUGUGCGCAUGUAAACGCCACAUCUCCCGGGAUAAGGCUCAAAUUAUUUGGUCCAUGUAAAUGCACUCAGGUGUUAUAAACCUGCAAACAAAUGUACCAGCUGGUUUUACCAGCACAGCUCAUUGUUAUUCACAUCUGCUUAUUUUGGCAGCCUGUCAGGAUGUUUUUGGCCCUUACCCCAUAGUGACGUGAAUAAAACACAUUUAUCCAACUUAACCUGUUGGUCGUGAUUCUUCACCCAAGCUCUGCCAUCUGAGCUAUGUGUGAGGGAGUGGUAAACAGACAGAAGUUUGCUGCUACCCUCAAGCUCUCUCACCCUCAUCUGAAAGACUCUGGUUGGCUGGAGCAGCUAACAUAAUAUCACCCUGUAGGUUGAUCCACUAUUGAGCCAACUCAAGUUUUAGUUGAAUAUGGAGACUUGGUGUUUGACCCUAACUUUGGUUUUGUUCAAAUUUAAUGACAUCAAAGCAGCAUUUAAGUUGGUACAUUUCCUCUCUGACUUCCUCUAAAAGCUGCUUCUCAGAAUAUAAAAUAUUUGUGUCGUCUGCAAAGACAAUUUACUUCAAAUAUAAAACAAAUUGGGUCCCAAAACUGACCCCUGUGGGACACCACUGGUAAUGUCUAAGCAGUUUGACCUGUGCUGUCCCAUCUGAACAGCUGCCUCCUGUUACUUGUGUAGUCUCAAAUGUAGGCCAUUUGAGAGCUCCUCCUCCUCUGACACCAUACCCCCACAUCUGUAGGCUUCUUUGGUCAUAAACAACCCGAACCUGUUAGCUUGACUUUGUUGCUGUUUUUUCAUCUAAGGCACUAAAACAACAAAAAUACUGCACACGUGUUUUUUCAUUUUAUUUUCACCUCCACAGGUGUGUCAGUGUGUCUUCGUUACCUGGCCUCCUAUCAGCGUGACAGUCCACUCUUCAUUUUGAGUCCGUCCACAAACCCUCUGAAGCUCUCUGUUGGUGGUACCGGUGCCUAUGUGCUGCAAUAUCAGAGGUACUAUUCCUACUCUGUGUACCUGACGCCAUACAUCAGGUUCUGGACAAACAUCAGCCCUGAGAUCUGGAACAGAGUCUGCCUCACUUUUGACAACAUGAAGAAAGUGGCUCAGAUUUUCAGCGGCUCCAAUAUGAGCAUCAGGAAACUCAUUCCUGAGGUGAGGACCAGCAGCACAAACUGACACGGAUGUUCCGUGUUUCAGUUUUACAGCCCGAUAAUCAGACUGCCAUGCACUGCUGUCAGCAGCUGAUCUGUGACUGUAUCCCACCAGGUCUGAAGGAUCUUCAUUUCAUACAUUUAAAGCUAAUAUUUCGAACUGCUGAUUUACACAGAAAAUCAGCUGAAUUUUAAGUUUUGUUUUUUUUUUUUUAUUAGUCAAGAUUUUUUUAACUCAGACUUCUAUUAAUAACAUCAAUGCCGAUUCAUGUAAAAUAUCCACUGGCUGUAUCAGUUUUUAUAAAGUCUGCAACCGUUUGAUCUCUUACGACUUGAUUUAAGGUUGUGUUUCUGUGUGUGUGUGUGUGUGUGUGUGUGUGUGUGUGUGUGUGUGUGUGUGUGUGUGUGUUCAGUUUGUGUGGUCAGGAGAACCUGUGAUUGAUAUUCCAGGUUUCAGUGGUCAGGUGACAGACCUCCAGGUGUGGGAUUAUCCUCUCAGCUACAAGGAAGUCUUCAACUACAUGACCAAUGGUGUUUAUGUGUAAGUACCUGUGUGUGUGUGUGUGUGUGUGUGUGUGUUUGUGUGUGUGUGUGUGUGUGAACUGCUCUUGUAAUAAUACAUAAUAUGGAGGCACCAAUCCAGUUGAAAUCCUUAUUUCCUCUUUUUGGACCACAAAUCUCCUUCCAGUCUUUUAACUGGAUGAUUUUUCAUGUGUGUUGUGUUUUAAUCUUGAACAAUGGGUUUAAUUUUAAAUGUUGCAAAGGUUUAACUUUUAAUUUUUUUUCUACAUGCACAUAUUUUCACCUUCAUAGGGGUAAAUCUAGCAUAUAGGAUUCUUUUUUUUAACUCUUUCAGGUUGAAAUGCAUUUUUUUGUAGCAGCUAAAUUUAGAAACUCGUUCAUGUUUACUUUAAAACUUUUAAUAGUUAUAAUUUUUUAUUUUGAUAAGGCUUCAAUUUAAGGGUUCUGCUCAGGUUCAAUUUACCCUGUAUUAAAAGAUUUACCUAAUUUUUAUUUAAAUUUUCAUCUGGGUUCAGUUUGAUUUUAAACCAGCUCAAUUAUAACUUUUGAACAGGCUGAAUUUAAAGUGCUUCUUUUGAUUUCUUAAACUUUUUUUUAACUGUCAAGAAGCUAAAUUUUAUUUUUGUGUUGGUCCACUUUCAGUUUUAAGCCUUUAAAGUUUUUAUUUUUAGGUUUAUUUACAUUUUUGCAUGAUUUCAUUUUAUGAUUUGCUGAUUUGAGAUUAACAUAUUUUUGAGCCAGCCCCAUGUGGACAUUUGAGGAACUGCAGUUUGAUAUUGACUUUUUUUUUAACUUGUGAUAAUGAACAGCAGCAUUGACAAUUGUUAUUAAUUCAUAUACUGUAAUAAUAAUAAUUAUUAAUAUGAUUGUUACAGUUGUUAUCUUUGAAAUAGUCACUGGAGCUCUUGGAGGGGAUAAAACCAUAAUUUAGAGUCCUUUUUGUGUUUUUAGGCCGUACCGCGGCUCCGUCCUCACCUGGUCCUCCAUCAGUUACUCUCCCAGAGGAAAGACACUAUUGGAGGACGUCUACGAGAAACAGGCAAACCAGCCAAUCAACAGGCGCGGGCAAGGGAGAGGGCGACGCCUUAAAGGAGAGAAAAAUACCAAAGAGUUGGUUCGUGAAGUAGAGAGCGGCGAGGAAAACAGGCAGUGGUUAAAAUAAGACGAACGGGGACGUCACAUAAACAGAGUCCUCUGGUCUCUAUCAGAAAGUUGAUCUUUAUUUUCUACAGAAUAUGUUACAAACUAAUUCUACUGAAUGUUUUUAGUAAGAUCUGAAACUUUAUUUUUUUAACUUUGAAGUGCAUUUAUUCACUGGGUUUGGAAAACUGCUGUAAUCCCCCCCAUCCAAAAAUAAGGUACUCUAGACCCCUUCAAAAUAAUGAUAUGUGAGAUGGCUAAGGCGUCAGAUGAUGCCAGGCUGACACUGAUCCUUGACAGAAAUGAUCUUGUUCACCUGACCCUACACAAAAAAAGUCCUCUUGAAGAUCUGGGUCCUGCUCCUCCAAAAUAAAAACUUUCACAGACAGGUCCCUGAUUAUGGCAUUAGUUCUGUGGCUAUCUAAGGGUUUUAUAGCCUUAACAUUCGAGACCCUGGAGGAGAAAAUAUCAGGCUCCUACUGAACCAGCUCGCCUCCUUCACACUGCGUUCCUAUUUCCUGGCUGAGGUGCUUUUUAUCCAUAUAUCUGAGAAAACCUCAGACCUCUGUGAUGCUGCUGAUUUGCUGAGGGGUCGUUUCAGAUCACAACAUUUUUAUUAUUUGCCAGCUUCAUUUUUGAAAUGCUUCUUUUGUAAUCAGAAUAAACAGUGUGUUGAAGUGAAAA